AUGUCCUCCUCCUCCUCCUCCUCCUCCUCCUCCGAAGACGAAGUGGAAUCCAUCGGGCCAUUCGAGUUGAGCGACUAUGAGAGCGAAUGGGAUAGUCAACCUGACCCUCACGAUGAUUCUAAUUAUGAAUCCGAUACGGACUCUGAAGUGGAGCUUCGCCCUCUGGCCUGGCAUCACACGAUGGCAGGGCCCAGCUGCGGCCUUUGCAGAUUCGAAUUCGCGGUCCACGAAGAAUUUGUUGUCUACAAUCCAGUCAGCCAACGCCACCCUCGCAUUUGGAACGGCGAAUACGAACCUGGAUAUGACCAGUGUUCUGCGAUAGAGCUUGGAUUCCACCAUGGUUGCGUCGACUUGCUAAAGCCCAAGACUUUGGUCAACGAUUGGCCGUACGCUCUUUCAUCAGCUACCGCUGGCCGACAAGAUUAUCUUUUACCUCCUGUAUCUUGGAAUAAGCACCGGGAACGGUGGUACAAGAAUUCUAUUGCUGCUGACCUGACACAAGCUAUCCGCGGACGUCUUCCACAAGAGAUAUGUCAAUACAUUGCGAGUUUCUGUAUGCGCGAGCGCGCAUGUCUCAAUUUCCGAGAUCUUUGGCUAGAUCCAGCUCGUCCAAAAGGUUGGCUCAAACUUCUCACCAUCGAGAGGAACAAGUCUGUUUGGGCCCAGAAUAUGGAAGUCGAAGGGCUGCGUUACGUUAGGUCUCUAUCGACCCGCCGCCUCACGAAACAGGACACCUUAGUCUACAAAGCCAGAUACAGGAAGAGGAGCGCCCGCAACAGACCUGAGGCUUGCUUAAACAUCUAUUACUCCGAGGAUCAUGGGGGAAUCCGUGACGUGAUCAUCACAGAGAACAAUGAGCUGCCCACUUUGAACAUGGAACCGGGUCUCUCUUGGAGUAUCUUUCGUCACCAAAAGACGCCGCUGCGAGUCAAACAAAAUUACAAAGUCACCAGGCUACGCUUUCUGCGUUUCUCUCCAACUCCCCAGUUUGACAGGACACGCCUCUACUAUGAAUCUGUUCGUGCGGUAGACUGGAACUCUCCUGGUGUAUGCGGGUACUCCUUCUAUGUAGAAAAGAACCUGAUUCGCGGUAUCGUUUUGCACAAACUCGGAGAACCAGAGCCAAAGGCAAGGGAUGAGUACGACACAGCUGAAGAAACGUGGUUUUACAUGCCAAUCGACCCCAAUGAAAGAGUCUCUGAACUCUGGCGUCGUAAGGGAAUGGACCAUCUUGGGACCGGAGAAAUCGAGACGCUCAUAGUUCGAACUACUAAGGGGCGUACCUUCACCGCUGGGAUUGAUGCUGGCUGCAGCGAUCCCGUUGAUGGAACUCUCAACUUCACGUACAAAGCAAUUGCAAUCUUCCCGCAAGAAGGAACUUCUCGAAUGUUUUAUUGCAGAGCGAAUUGGAUGUGGGAAUACCUUGUGUUCGAGCAGCAACAGCAACAUGGUCUCGGCAACAAGGGUGACCUUCAAGGUGUGGUUUCGUGGGAUCAACAUGAGGUGCAGCAUUCAUUCGCCCCCCCUAAUAACCCGCUUACCAACCUUACCAACCUCGACUGCUUUGUCUAUACAUCAGCGAGUUUGAACGACGUCAGGACGAUCGCCCCAUGCCGAGGGUGGUCGGCCGUAUUCCAUGAUCAAAUCGUAGGGAUGUUAUUGACAUAUGGUGAUGGUCGUCGAAGGUCCGUCGGGCAAGUGCGUCUUGAUUGCCUGGACCCCCCCUUGUCAGUCUCCUCGGACUGUUUCUGGCUUGGCUUUCCGAACCACGACUCCAACAAAAGCGGUGAUUGGCUCCCAUGGUAUCUGAAGGCCACCAGCUUUCAAUUGUCUGAGCCGAUGCCGAAUAAUUCCACUACGUACAUCAAGGUCCCCUUUAGCGGAAGACUCGAGUGGGCUGUUUUGGACUGGGAGAGUGCUGUCCGACAUGUUGAGGAAGGGGAGCCGUUCGAUGAAAUCGGCCAAGUUAUGCCUGGCGGUCGGAAGGAAGUCUUGGAGCCCGCAAGCCCAGAGAUCAAAACAUUCGCUGUGCCAAUUCGUGUCAAGGAGACUAGCUCUUGA